CUUUCCUGACGAUAUCGUGGAAUGGUCUUCCUGACCUCUGAAAUCAAAUUGACCUCCUUGAUCGCGCCCUGACAAAGCCACGAGAAAGGCGCAAUGGCUGUCAGUCUCCCACCAGCUCCCGCAGUCUAUCUGCUCUUGGUCUCCCUGCCUUUGCUGGUUAUUUCGGAGACCAAUUCUUUCCUCACGGGCCAUGCGCUGUUUAAAAUGCUCUCCUCGGCGGCCUUUGUCGGCGCGCCGCUCCUCCACCUCUCAGCCGAAUCAUCGCCGUACAACACUUUCGUCACCUACGGCCUCCUCUUCUCCGUCCUCGGUGACUUCCUCCUAAUACCUUCGCGAAAUGAGUACUACAGCCUAAGCCCCGCUCCAGCCGCGAAAAAGAACAACGGGAGCAAUCCCACUGAACCGGAAGAACCAAAAAUUUCAAUAUCCUUUCAACUCGGCGUCGUCGCUUUUGCAGCAGCGCAUAUAGCCUACAUCCUGGCCUUCCUCCAGAACUCACCGGAAGAUAUAUCAUGGCCAUCGUUUGCCAUCACAUUCGUCACCACGAUGGUGAUCGCAAGAUGGCUUGGUGUCAUAUACCCAUCGCCGGCGAGCAGCAAUGCGCUCAACCUCGUUAUCCCUAAGGACAUGCUGUUCCUGGUCCUGAUAUACGCGGCCAUCAUCAGCUCAAUGCUGGCGGUUGCGGUCUCCACGGUCCCUUCACUGCAACACCAGCGGGUGCUGGGAGCGGCGAUGUUUGUUGUCAGUGAUAUUUUCGUGGCGAAGGAUGCGUUUGGCAAAUGGUCACGGCCCAAGAAUGAGAGAAAUUGGUGGCUACAGUCUGCUACGGGGUGGGGUCUCUACUUCUGGGGUCAGAUGGUUUUGGCUGGAACAGUGGAAAGGAUUUGAACUUGGACUUUCAUUGCAGCGUAAAUCUAUUUGACUCCUGAAGUCACAUCAUACAAACUUUCAGAUAAUUAAAGUAUAGAGAUGGGAAAAGAGUCCCUUGAAUAAAAAACGUUGGCGCAUAGUUUAGGAUUGCCCAUUCGGAUGUGCCCAGCCUGAA